AGGGAGCCACGUUGACACCAGAACCAAUAAAUCGUGACGUCUUCGGUAGAUUCCUAUAAAAGCUGGGACUGACAGUGACACUAUCACAACGCCUUCCAACCAUCCAAAGAAUCUUCUCACCAAGUCCGAAGACUUCCAAAACCCACCAAUCAAAAUGAUGACCAAAAUGCUUGUGUUUUGCCUGUUUGGCAUGCUGUGCAUCCGGCUGUCCACCCAGAAGACCGGUGAGUAUGCAGUGUUUGUUUGUUUGUAAAAUAGUUUGUUUUGCUUAAAUGUGUCCUUUUGUAUUGGAGAUUAGAGAACCACCGAGUUUCGUCUUCGGUUUCGGCGCCGUAAGUUGCCUUUUGAUCACUUUCGGCCUAUGACAAAUAAUUUGCGAAAACUGCUCACAGUUGAAUGAUGACCUACUUUGUCCUUUAUUUCCAGAAAUUAAAUUUCAAUUACGCUUAGACAAAUGUAAACAGUUUUGAGGAAGAAAAAGUAAUGGAAUGGUAAUAUUUAUAUCUUUACUUCUGUUUUAAUUUUUUUUCAAAAAUAAAAUUUGGAACCUUAGAUUUAUUCAAUUCAUUCAUUUGUGAUGUUCAUUUUGAAUUAUCAUUACCAUGCUCAUCAAAGUUGUCAUAGGCAAAGGGGAAUAAUAUUGAAUAAUCCUAGGGACUGGUAUUAUUUCCAUUAUUAUUUUUGUUUUAUUUCUUUUAAAAAAUAAAAAUUAGGGAAACUUAGGCUUUUUCAAUUGAUUCAUUUCUUGAAUAUCAUCAUUAUCAUGCUCAUAAACAUUGUUACUAGCGUAAUAUCACACGUGUGCAUGUAUCACGGGUUCGUAUUAUUGUUAUGUAGUAGACCUACUGCAGACCAAUUUAAUUGUAUGAUUUUGGCGAAUAAUUUAAAUUUCUUUUAAGAUUCUCCGUCGAGUCUGGUCAGAGCACAAUUUUAAAAGAACGAAAUAAUGACGUCACCAUCACGGAAAGACUAGUGUGUUGGUACUAGGCUAAAUAUUAAUACAGCGAUAUCUUGCCAGCUGUUUAUGAAAAACACAAAGCAUUAGUACGAGGAUAACCGCCAAAAAUUGUGGUGAUAUUUUUAGAGCCUUAAUAACUGAUAUUUAGGUGACAAUUGGCUCUGUCAGAGCGACAAUAAUUAUUGUAGGUAUAUGUUCUAGGUUAUAAUUAUAUUAUAAAAGAAAAGGGCACUAAAUGGUAUAUUUUUUUCAUGAAUUCACACCCCCCCCACCUCACCCCCCUGGUCAAAAAUUUCUCUUACCAUACUACUUUAGCUAGUGAAGUCUAGCCAAUGAAGUUAUCAAAUAAAUUGUGCUUAUGAACACAAAAUGAAGUUACCCCAAUAACUAACAUCACUAAUGAUAGGUAGAAGAUCUCUAUAUUAUUACUUAAUUGUCUUAACAAUGUAUUGCAUUCAUUAAUCAAUAUCAUUUUUGCUAUAUCUAAUCUAUUCUUAUCAUUCCCUCCCAAGCAAUUUGCGAACUGCAGCCUGACGCUGGAACAUGCAAAGGUUUAUUUGAUCGCUACUUUUUUAACAAAGUCAGAGGUGAAUGUGAAUACUUCGCGUAUGGAGGUUGCAAUGGAAAUGCUAACAACUUUAAAUCCUCUGAGCUUUGCUUGACCACCUGCGGACCUGCCGUGAAGAAAUAUAGGCACACUUCUUUUGGGAAAUAAAUGUUCACGUUUUCAAAUAUAAAAUAAAAGGCCCAUUUAUUUAAAGUUCGAUCUAUUUCGUCCUUGGAUUUUCUUGCCAAUUUUAAGAAAAAGUAAAGUUUAAAAAAUUAAGAUUUUGUCAUUGAAAGGUUUGCUUUUAUUUAAAUAAUGUUCAAUGUUCACCUUUUUAAUUAUAUUAAAAUCAACAACCCAUUUAUAUAACCAUUUUCCUUUACUAGUUCGUUUGCUCUAUAUUACAACUUCUUUUUUUAAACUUCGUCCAGUAAAAUAGGGUUUGUCAUUUAAUGGCGGAAAUCUAUUAAUAGAACAUCCUGGUAUUCAGUUUGGCCAUUCUCUCAACAGCGGUUCAGUACUUCUACUUUAAUGUGAGCCACCAUAGUUGGUCUUACUUAACCUAGACGAAAACCUUUUUGCAACUGUAUUUUACGAAAGAUUUUACAAACAAAUUUUACUGAUAUAUAUAUGGAAAUUCAAUGCUAGAAGCUAUAUUUUACGAAAAAAUUGU